GUGACAUAAAACGUAUCUCUGCAUCUUUCUCCUUAAACACUGUUCUUCCGAAACAAAAUACUCCAAAACCAAAACGCUGAGUAGCGCGCGAGAGUGUUUCCCUUUCCCAUUUCCCAGCGGCAAUGGCGAAAAUCCACAAACCCUAACCCUAAAACCCCUUUCAACCGAUUUUCCUCAUUCUUCACGAGCAACGACGCCAUGGACUUCGAUCACCACCUCGCGGAGCUUUCCUCUUCCUCGCCAUGCAUUCCCUCCGGCGAGGACUUCCAUUUCUACUACAAAUUCAAGGAGUUCCGAGGCCCGAUCGAGGAAAUCGCGAGGAGGACGCAGUCAAUGCUCGAUAAAAUCGGUUCCGCCGAGAAUAUUUGGGGCAGAGGCUCGGCGUUUCCCAGUGAUGUCGACGACGCGUACGAGUGGCUUGUGAAUGCGAACGAGGACGUUUUGGAUCUGGUUGAAGAGUUGGUGGAUGAGUUGCGGAUGAUUAAGAAAGAUGGCGGAGAAGAAUGUGAAAAUGGGUUUGGGCAGAAAACGAAAGUGUCGUUUCAUAUACCGACGAUUAAGAAGCCUCAGUACGCGUACAACAUUGUGGUGAAUAAUGCAAACCAGCCUUUUGAGCAUGUUUUGUUGGAGAAGAGUGAUGAUGGUCAGAGGUUUAUUCAUCCACUGGAGAAACUCUCGGCUUUGGAUUUUGUUGAUAAAGAAAAUCUUGAGAAUCUUGUGCCAGUAAAGCCUCCCUCAAUGGAAUGCACCCCUUUCAAGUUUGUGGAGGAUGUCAAAGGAUUGAAGGAGUUGGCUGCUAAGCUAUCUUCGGUUAAUGAAUUUGCGGUGGAUUUGGAACAUAAUCAAUAUCGGUCUUUCCAAGGUUUGACUUGCUUGAUGCAAAUCUCAACUAGGAAUGAAGAUUUUAUUAUAGAUACUCUGAAGGUCCGCAAUCAUGUUGGGCCAUACCUGAGGGAAGUUUUCAAGGACCCUACCAAGAAGAAGGUUCUGCAUGGAGCAGAUCGAGACAUUGUGUGGCUGCAACGGGAUUUUGGCAUUUACGUUUGUAAUAUGUUUGAUACUGGCCAGGCUUCAAGAGUGUUAAAGAUGGAGAGAUAUAGUCUGCAAUAUCUUUUGCAACACUUUUGUGGGGUUACUGCAAACAAAGAAUACCAAAAUGCAGAUUGGAGAAUACGCCCUCUUCCUGAAGUGAUGCUAAGAUAUGGCAGAGAAGAUACACACUAUCUGCUUUAUAUAUACGAUUUAAUGAGGAUCAGAUUAUUUACACUGUCUAAGGAAUCUGAAGGUUCUGAUAAUCUUCUGCUGGAGGUUUACAAACGCAGUUAUGAUAUCUGCAUGCACCUAUAUGAGAAAGAGCUGCUGACAGAAGACUCGUACCUUCAUAUAUAUGGGUUGCGAGGAGCUGGUUUUAAUGCUCAACAGCUUGCUGUUGUUUCAGGACUUUGUGAAUGGCGUGAUGGUCUUGCUCGUGCAGAUGAUGAGAGUCCUGGCUAUGUAUUGCCUAAUAAAAUUAUUCUUGAAAUCGCUAAGCAGAUGCCUGUCAUUAUAAGCAAUCUACGGAGAAUUGUAGGAAAGUCCAAGCUCCCAUAUGUUGAGCGCAGCCUUGAUGUCAUUGUCAACAUUGUUAGACAUUCUAUGCAAAAUGCUGCUGCCUUUGAAGAGACUGCACUACGUUUGAAAGAAGAACAUGCAGCAAGUUUGUCAAAUGUAGUACCUGUUAAGGAUGGAACUGAAGUACCUCAGACGCUAGUUGGAUGUGCAACAACAGGAAACAUUGGAAUUGAGAAUGACACCCGUGUUGAUAUCUCGGAAGUUGGUCUGUUAUCUUCUGACCUGGAGGAGGAAACUUUUCAGCAUCAAGAUAAAGAUGGACAAGGAAAACUUAAAUCCGUUAGUCUCACUUCAGAUCUACCAAGGGUCAGGCUCACUAUUCCAGAGAAGAAUAAGGAUGAUGCAAAUGUAAUUGCACGCACUACAGCGAAGGCCAAUGGAGAGGUGACAAAAAUGCCCACUGGCGCUUUUGAUGCUGCACUGCUGGACAAUUCUGCUUCAGAAUGGAAGCGUGAUCGUAAUAAAAAGGGCAAGGAAGAGAUCAAGCUAGAAAAGAUUAAAUCAUCAGUCAAUGUUCCAUCCCACUUGUUUUUGGGCAACAGUGAGAAGUCAAAAGUAGUUGUAGAAACUCCAAGUGUAGCAUCUAAAAUAUCAGACACCCAGAAACCCGUUUCAGGUUCAGUUUCUGCUUCCAGACCCUGUGGGAUUGUAAUGGUGUGCUCUGAUUCAGACUCGGAGGAUAUGCUACAGAAUAAGCUAGAAAACUCCAACAAUCAGCCGGGGGAGAAUUCUCUUGUGCCCAGGAAAAGAAGAUGAACAAUGAGCCAAUGUCGCAGUCAGAGUUGCCAUCAAACUUCGAAACAUGUUCUCAAUCAAACUAGUUGGAAAAAAAAAAAAAAGGAAAUUGUAUAUUAAUUGUGUAUUUUGUACAUUUCCUAUUCUCCCUUUUUAUAAGGUAAAUGACUAUGCUUAAAAAA